AACUAAACACAGCGACAGCACGCUGCCCCGCCCACAUCAUGAUCACAUGACUGUGACAACAAGACUUCCUUAAGGUUUCUAUAGUGCUGCUGUGGCUCUGCUAGGGAAGGGAACGAGAGAUUCGAAUCAGGAAUCGUGGUGGAGCAGCGGUACACAAGAAAGGCUUCUCCAGAGGAGCAGAAACAGAAAGGAAAGCUUCUGCAAGGCAUUAAAACUCCCAGAAUUUGGUGGUAAAGGUCACAAGGUCACAAGGAGCAGCCCAUCAAAUGCACUGGAUAAGUAGACACUGCAAAUGAAGUGGUAAAUUCUGAAGACCGAUGCUGUGACCUACUGAACAAUUACAAUGUCCCUUGGGAAUGUGGGUAUCAAUGCGGACUAUUCAUGGGAUGCUGGGGAGCGUGCCCGUCUCCUGCAGAGUCCCAGUGUCGCAACCCCAGAGUUGCGUAGAUCGGCUGGAGGAACAUCGCCUGCUGGAGCUGUGUUCAUAGUGGUUAAUGCUGCGCUUGGAGCAGGGCUGCUAAAUUUUCCUGCAGCGUUCAGUGCAGCUGGGGGUAUAACUGCAAGCAUAUCACUGCAACUGGUUCUUUUACUGUUCAUUAUCAGUGGGCUGGUGAUCCUUGCACACUGUGCAGAUGCAUGCAGCGAGCGUACAUACCAGGAGGUGGUACGGGGUGUAUGCGGACGCACAGCUGGUGUGUUCUGUGAGGUACUUAUUGCAGUGUACACCUUUGGCACCUGCAUUGCUUUCUUCAUCAUAAUUGGGGACCAGCUAGAUAAGCUUCUGGGAGCAAUGAUGCACACUAAAGCAGAAAGCCCUUUGCCAUGGUAUGCAGACCGAAAAUUCACUAUAUCUGUUACUGGCAUUUUACUCAUCCUGCCUUUGUCACUACCUCGUGAGAUCAGUGUACAAAAAUAUGCCAGCUUCCUCAGUGUUCUUGGAACAUGUUAUGUGACUGUCAUUGUCAUCGUCCGAUGUAUCUGGCCAGACACUACGAUCCCCUCUCAUGAUAUUCCAUCCAGCCCAUCAUCGUGGCUUGCAGUGUUUAAUGCUGUGCCUACAAUCUGCUUUGGUUACCAGUGCCAUGUUAGCAGUGUUCCUGUUUAUGGAAGUAUGCAGCAACAGGACAUUAAGCGCUGGGGUUGUAUAGUGACAGUUGCUAUGUUCAUAGCUCUUUGUGUUUACACUGGCACAGGGGUCUGUGGAUUCCUCCUCUUUGGCUCUGAUGUGAACCAGGAUGUUCUUCUAUCCUUUCCCUCAGAUGAUAUUGCUGUAGCUGUAGCUCGGGCAUUUAUUAUUCUGUGUGUUCUGACAUCUUACCCAAUUCUACAUUAUUGUGGCAGAGCAGUUUUGGAAGGCUUGUGGCUUCGUUUCACUUCACAGGAGCCUGGUGAGGAGCCCAGUAAAGAAAGGCGCCGCAGGGUCUUGCAGACUGUGAUUUGGUUCCUACUAACUCUGCUACUUGCUCUCUUUAUCCCUGAUAUUGGGAGGGUUAUAUCUCUUAUUGGAGGGCUUGCUGCCUGCUUCAUAUUUAUAUUUCCAGGUCUCUGCCUCAUUCAUCUUAAGCUAUCUGAGAUCCAUGAGCAUAAGAGCAAAAGUUGGUGGGCACUGCUGAGUUACGGUGUUAGCAUGGUCACCAUUGGAACAUUUAUCUUUGGCCAGACCACUACCAAAGCCAUCUUUGUGGAUCUACUGGGAUAAUCUAUGAACUUUGAUACAAGAGGUUAAAGGAACUGUAAGGCAUUACUUGAAUACUGGACAUCUCACAUGAUUCCUUUUUUUUGGUGUUCUGCAAGGCAUUACUCAGACACAGUUCUAAAAAUGCACUGCAAACAAGUUUUUUUGAUUUGCUAAUGUAAGCAAACCAAAAAUUAUGCUUAUACAUGCCAAGCAUUAAUCACUGUAUAAUUAACAAAUAAUUAUUUAAUUAGGACACAGGACCAACUACAGAGAUAUACAUUUGCUACAGCAACACUUCUGAGAAGAACAAUUUUAAUAUAUAUGUUAAGGUCUAAAUAAGAAGAUUGUCUUGAUUGUCAGAAAACAAAACAAUCUCAUGUUAUGAUCAAUGCACACUUUACUGUAUAUAUUUGGGUUCAGUUAUAGAAAUAAUUCAGAGGAUUAAAUGUUGUUGGAUAGCCAUUUUCUGUAUAAACCCAGUGAGGAAUGUGUAAGCAAACAAAAAGCAUUACAUUAUCUAGAGAUGGUUUGGGAAUCAUUUCUUACCAGGUUUACUGUUAAAAACUAAAUAUUCAACAAAAUCACAUAACUGUAGGUGCACUAUGAAAGUUUAUAAUACAUUGGUUUAUAGGCAAAUAGUGACACACUCCUGUUAAAGUCCAAAACAUGUCACUAUAUCUUAAAUAUUUACUUCCUUAUGAAAGUGGCUAUUUCUAUAGUCAGUCAGUAUCAUGGCCGGUGUGUCUAGCUCAUUUCUAUAAAGCCAUAAAAUUUUGUGUGAUGAAAUCACAGUUGCUUGACCAAUGUUGAGCUGCCUUGAGUUGAUUUUCAAUGUGUUAUUAACUAGGUGGAAUAUAAAUUCGUGUUUGCAGAGUUAUAGACUUAUCAGUUCAAAUUUGGCCCACAGCCAAUCAUUUAGAUACCCCAAAUGCUGGUCUGAAUAUAUAUUUAAAAAAAGCAAGACAUGGACAGUUAUUUUAUGUGAAGUGUGUAUUCCAGAUUUCUGAUACCCAGACAUUUUGGUGCAGCCUAUUGUGUUCAAGGUUAGGUUCUCUGAUAUUCUGGGAACCAUCUUUUUUUUUUUUCUUGUUAAUGUGCAAUAGCAUGUUUUGAAAGGGAUUUGUUCUUGUAUGAAUAGAAAACCAAAUGGAAUAUCUGUAUUUUUUAUUUAAAUGUUUACUACAGCAUAGAGCAAAGUGCAUCCCCCUAUCUGCUAGGAACAUGGUUCAUUGAACAGCAAUAUACUCCUGCGUUCCCCAUAAUCUCUGUAAAAACGGCUUGUUCAAAUAUUAGUUUCUCCAUUGCAACAUUUUAAGUUCUAUUUUAAUUUUUUUUUGUCUAAGUCACAUGUCCACCUUAGUAUAUUGAGCUUAUUGGCAGGAAGAUCACAUGAACAAGCACACAAAAGAGGCUAAUUUAUUGAAGCAUGAGUUGUACCAAAUACAUGGCCUGUGCACAAUAAGGGUACUGAUUCUUAGGCUAUUUAGACCAACAGAAGAUGCUACUUUUUAAUAGGUAAACACCACCAAUCAAAACAAUAAAAAACAAGUUUUUGCAUGCAAAUAUACAUGAAUUUAUAUAUAAUGUCAUAUAGAAAUAGCACUAAGCAAUCAUGUUAAGCUUAUAUGUAGAGUUCAUUGCUAAUAAGACUUAAAAUUCAGCAUUUAGCCUUAUGUUAAUUAACUAUAUAAUUAAUAAUAAGUGGUGUCAAAUUCAGCAUUUACAAUUUUUAUACAGCCAUGAAGGAAAUCCAUUUAACCUCAUAAUAAUUUAGUUCAUAGCUUUACUAGGAUCCCAAGAAAUGUGUGCCACUAUGUUAUCAUUUGAUUUUUAACAAUUAUGCUCUGUGGGCCACAAAUGUGAUACCUUUUUGGAUAAUGGUGUCCUGUAACCUGGGGACAACAGGUUGGGAUUAGAGAAUAGGUUUGUUUUUCUCGAAUGCCCUGUAACUGGCAUCCCUCCAAACCACUACUUCAUAGAGGUCACUU